CUAGUUCUAGCAGGCAGCCGUCCCAACCCUAAAUUUAUGGCUGAAUUGAAUUUCCGAGUAAUGCGCACCAUACCGCUCCCAUAAAUCGUACUCCAUUGAUUCUUCCCCGUAUUAUAAAAUUGUUUAAAUUUUGCAGCUGACUAGUCCGCCGGAAGACAGGGAGGAUUUCGCGGAUAUUUAUCACCACAUUACUAUCAGUGAACUGCAGAACAAAUAUCCGGACUUCCCCCUUCUGGAACUGCUAAACCGCGAGUUCUCCAUGGCCGACAUCAAGCUGGAGGAAACGGAGCACGUAGAUUUUUACGCCAUGAGCUACUAUAGUAAUCUGACAGAGUACCUCAAGGAUGUGGGGCCUGACGUACUCUUCAACUACGCCGGCUUCCGCACGGUGAUCAGCUUGGGCGAAUAUGUUUCCAAAGAAAUUCGAAGCGCACUGCGUGAAGUGAGAGGAGAAGAUCCCACUGAGGAUUAUGAUUGGAAGAAGUGCAUACAAUUGUUCAGGGAACAAACGCCAAAUAUUAUGGACUAUUUGUUCGUGCAAAAUAUGUUCAGUCUGGAAGGCAAGACAGAGGUGGAGUAUAUAGCCAAAAAGCUGAAAGAUUCCUUCAGUAAAAUUGUGCAGAGCAACGUCUGGAUGGAUGAUGAAACUAAAAAAACUGCUCUGGAAAAGGACGUGAUUGCACGUGAACCACUGAGAUCGAGCUAUCAGGGCCACUGCUCGGCAUUUACGUCCACCACAAAACUCAUGCUGGGAGCAGACGCCACUCCCGUCAUUGCUGGCAUUGCCACGUCUCCGACGCCACUAGCCUCGUCUUCCGCCUCCUUGGCAUCCAUGACGUACUCGUUCUGCAUCCCACUAUCGACCGUUACCGUGCUGUACGAAAGGGUGUACUGA